AUGCCGUCAAAAGUGGCAGCCGCAGGGGCUGAUUUCGCCUGUCCCGAUACCGUCGUUCACGCCGUCGACCCCGUCAGCUGCGUGUCAAAAUCGGCGUAUUCGCUCUGCCGGGAUCUAUUUCCUGCUGUGCUCUCUUCUACUCCAUCUCAGGCCGUCUUCGUUGCACUGUGCCUGGCAGGCGCCGCCUCUGGCGGCGCAGUGCUGCCAGCUCCGGCCCCACUUUACGCCCCAGCACCCGUCCUGGCGGCUCCCCGCGUCUAUGCCGCUCCCGCAAAGGCCGUUCUUGCUCCUGUCGCCGCGGUGCCGGUGACAGCGCAGUCCUACUCCUUUGGUUACAACUCGGCUGACGAGUUCGGCACGCGCGUCCAGCGCCAGGAGUCCAGCGACGUGAACAACGUGCGCACCGGCUCGUACGGCUACGCCGACGCCAACGGCAUCUUCCGCCACGUCCAGUACGUCGCCGAUGCCGGAGGCUUCCGCGCUGCCAUUGACACCAACGAACCGGGCACCGCCCAGGGACAAACGGCUGGCGCCCUUUACAACGCCGCACCGUUGCCGGCCGCCCCAGUGGCCCGUCCAGCACCCGUGGUGGCCGCUGCGCCGUACAAGGCCGCUGCCGCCGUGCCCGUGGCGGCGUCGUACGCAGCGUACGCCAAGCCUGCCCCCGCUCCUGCACCACUGUACGCUCCGGCGCAGCCAAAGUACGCCGCGCCAGCCUAUGCCCCGGCGAGAGCUGUCGCGUAUGGACCCAAGUAUUUAUAAGGACGAUGAAGGGUGCAUCCACCCGCUUGCUUGACCGAACGGAUUGAAUUGAGCGUGACACACUUUUGGGGUUGAGUUAUUUUGACGGUCAUUAAACUUUUCGUUUUAUCCAUCUUCGGAGUGACUGCACGCGAUUGCUGUAUUUAGAUUGCCCAUAUUAGCACGAAUGAACUCGUGCUUGAAUUCGAAACACUGGGAUGAAAAUUACUGCCGGUGUUAAUGAUCGCCGCAGUAUAUCCAGGAAGCAGUAUAUCAACUUAAGUAUGCUUAACAAUUACCUAUGGGAGAGAAAGAUGACCGAAUGGUUAAACGCGAUGGCGAGGUACAGAUAAUAUUUUAAUUAAAGGAAAGCAGAAUCCCGUACGAAGUUGCGCAUUUAAAUUAGGCUGUAUUAUUUCCGUCUUUCAAGGCAGCCUUUAUUUCAGGACGUUAAUCCUUUGCGUUCCUUUUAUGAUUGGAUAUCCUUCAGGACAUAUUCCGUCGAUCUCUUUAAGGAACUGUCUCAUAGGUGUUUCGCGUUAAUUAGAGGGAACCUUCCUUAUCCAGAAAAUGCUAGUGCAUUCUUCGCCUCAACGUAGGUAUUAGCCUAGGUGAUGCUUGCAACUUGUAUCUUCGACACCAGCCACGAGAUCGAGAAUCAGAUAUGAAGACAAUGAGUAAUGAUUGCGUGAGUGCGCGAACGGUGACCACUUUUGUACUCCUUUAGCUACCAGUUCAGAUGCUUAUGUUCACAAUGCGAAGACCUCGAACUUCGAGUUGCCUUCAACGAGGGUGCGAUGGCUAUUAUUUCUGAGCUUGCACUUUCCUUCUAUACCACAGCUUUUGGCUGCCGGAGGCGGAUGUGUAAGUUGAGUU